UAAAAGUCGAAUUGCCGUGAGUUGUGGUAUUUUAGGUGUAAGAAUAUCCCGUAGAUUUAUAUUUACGCACAAAAUGAGUGUUAAACAGGCAGAAUUUGCCGAUACUAAUGGGUUCGAGAGUAAAACUCCGUUUCUGAUCGGUGUGGCGGGAGGCACGGCGAGCGGCAAGUCAACAGUAUGCCAACGUAUAAUGGAAAAGUUAGGGCAACAGCACAAAGAACAGACAGAGAGGCGAGUGGUAUGCAUCAGCCAGGACUCAUUUUACCGUACACUCACACCAUCAGAGCGACUGAGAGCUGAGCGCGGACAGUUCAACUUUGACCAUCCAGAUGCAUUUGACGACAAGAAGCUCUUGGCAAUACUCAAAGAUAUACUUGCUGGAAAGAAAGUUGAAGUGCCAGAGUAUGAUUAUGUAACAAAUUCUAUCAGCCACCGUUCACACACUAUCUACCCAGCUGAUGUGGUUCUCAUUGAAGGCAUCUUGGUGUUUUAUUUCCCUGAAGUGAGGGAGUUGUUUCACAUGAAGCUAUUUGUUGACACAGACUCUGACACCAGGCUGGCUAGACGAGUGCCACGCGACAUAAUGGAUCGAGGCCGCGACUUGGAGCAGGUUCUGAACCAAUACAUGAACUUCGUGAAGCCGGCCUUCGAGGAGUUCUGUCUGCCGACCAAAAAGUUUGCUGACGUCAUCAUACCCCGCGGUGCAGACAACUUGGUUGCCAUCGACCUCAUAGUGCAGCACAUAUCAGAAUAUCUCAAGAAGAGUUCAUCCGACAAGUUUGGUUUGCAGUGCCCGCCACUCUCACCUUCGACACCCACCAGCCCACAACGGAGCGGGAAGAUCGGGCGACCUCACUAAUCUAUUUAAAAAAAUAUUAUUUAUUUUAUUCAAUUAAAGUAUGGAUGGAUGAAUGAAGGUAAUGAAGCCAAAUUAUGCUGAAAGCACUAAUGAUAAUUCGGUGUCAAACAAAUAAAUCUCUGAAAGUAAACUAAAUUGACAGCUGUAAAAUUAGCAUUUUUUUUAGUGUUAUCAAUAAAGCUCAGUUUAGAGAUUUGUGUACAGCCGAAUAACACUAAAUAUAUUUUUUAUUAACGCUGUCUCCUCCUACGUACAUGCUAAAGUAAGCCAAGAUGAGAUAAAUAAUGUGAAAAACAUAAGUGCAGAAAAAAACAACUUUCUGCCCCUUUCUUUCGCUCGUGUUCAACGUCAAAAGUUUGUUGACUAGUAGAAGUUUUUACAGACAUAAAGCAAGUUUGAAUGGCGUUCACAAACUAUAGCUUUGCCCACCUCUGUACCUACUCGAUUUCCAGGCAAGCUUGUAACUAUAUGUGUAGAGAUUAUAUAUCUGCAACUCAUAGUAAAACUUAUAGUAUGCUUAAACGUUUCUUUGAAUAUGUGUUUCUCCAAUAACUCGUAAUACAGAGAAUUAUUUGGCAAAGAUGAAUGUGAAGAGACUGGGUUAGAUAUGAGAAUGUUGGUACUAAAGUACCAACAGAAUGCGUCACGGAAGUUGAAAAGUGGGUAGUUAAUACGCAUCUCCGAAUGCAACGGUUUUAAAAAGUGUUUGUGUCGCUUCCCAUAUCGUCGCCCCUAGAUAAAUAAUAAGAAGGGAAGAUUAUUCUGGGCUUGUUAAAAAUAUAAUAGGUAUAAAUAUAACUUGGUGGAGCUUAUGGGGUAGGUACCAUUACCUACUGUAAUGAUGGAUGUUGGACUCGAAGAAAUUUAACUCUAACUUUAUCUACCACAUAUAGUACCUUAAGUCAAAAUAUCAAAUGCAUAUCGCACAAUAUAUAAUCUGACUUAAUUUUGGUUUCUUUCGACUGAAAGAUUAAAUGCAGUUGUCCUGAUUUUCGGUUAAUGACUACUUCUAAACAUAACUAAAAAAAGUUUAUAAAAUUGAUAUAGAUUUCCAAUUUCAACACUUUAUUCUGAGCAGUGUAUCUAUCCUGUACUAUAUGUAGUAUCUCUAUGUAGCCAUCUUACAUUUUAUUUUGCUACUUCGCUCUUUCAACUUCUGUGAUGCAAGCUGAACGUACUCUGUUGAUUUCAUUAUUUGAGGCUAAUUCGAGUUAGUGUAGACAAAAUUUUUAAUAUAAAAUUUUUUAACAAAUUGGUGAACCGUACCUUCCCAAUUAAAAAACUAUUUAAGUUUGGAAACAUGGUCGUUUAAAUUAUAGAAAGUAGUUUGCUCUUAUACGUAAGGAAUUCAAUUAUUUAUAUUAUUAUUUUUCAUUGAAAUAAUUGUCAUUAUUUAUUCUUCAUUUCAAUAAAAUGGCUCUCAUGUCACCGUUGUCAAAAAUAUUACCGCAGAAAGUGCUGUAAUAUGUUCCUAUCAUUGAUAAGGGUUAUUUUCGUAGGUUCGGGUGCGUUAAUUAAGGAAUUUAUUAAAAAACGUAGUAUAGUACACGUGUGCAUUAAAAAAAUUAAACUGUUAAACUAUUUAAACCCUAUUAAAAGAGUUUAAGCAUUAGAAUUUGCACCUUGAAUUAAAUUUUUUGAUUGAACUUGUAUCGAAGCAAUGAUAUUUAAAAAUAAUUGUGUUUUGUUCCAUAGAAAACAUCCAAUAAGAAAUAGCUCUUUAAUGGUUGAAAAUAAUUCAUAGAUAAAUAUUUAUUUAAUAGUUUCUUAAUUACAAUAUUAUUAAGUAUUUUACGGUAUAAAUGCUGUAAGCAAAUUGUGCUAGUUCGGUUUGCCCAAAUAUCUAAACUACAUUAAAUUGACAGCUGUAAAAUAAGGGUGUCACUGUUAGUUUUAGUGCAUUGAUUUGUGUAAAACAGAAUUGGCACAAUUGUACGUUUGCGCACGUAUUGGUUGAUUUCAUAUUCAUUGUGUGAAAAUAAAUACCAAAAGGUUGCUCGUAUAGGAUACAAGACACAAAAGUGACUAUUUACUCACACCUUAGCCAUUGGAGUCAUAGUUUAUAAUAUAGUUGUUCUGUACUCAAAACGCUAUUCAUAUUUUCUCAUAAAGAAAGAUUUUCGUAUAGUAGGUAAAUUACUAGUCAUAUAGAAAAUGUAAUAGUGAUUUUUGUACUUAUA